UAACUUAUUCUUAAUAAUAUAUAUCUAUAUUUUUUAUAUAUAACUAAUUGUAAUUUUCAAUUGGACUUAAAGGGUGAUUUAUUAGCGAGAUGAGCAACCAAUAUUCUCGACCUGAGUAUCCCCCACCAAAUAAUCCAUACCCAAAUCAACCAUAUACCAACCAACCAUUUCCUAAUCAACCAUAUCCAAAGGAUGAUGAAGUUUAUCAUGUUCAACCUGAUUAUGAAACUGCUCAAUUUGGUCAAAAACCUGAAGGUUCUCAAAACUUUGAUGAAAGUUUUAAAAUAGAUAAACCUAGAUAUAAUGAUUGGCCAUUUACUAUAUUAUUUCUUUUAGUUGUGGGUGGAUUUAUUGCUAUAGCAGGAAUUACUUUAAAUGCUUUAAGGCAAACAUUCUCUUUACAAGGUAGUUCAAUUUAUGAUUCACCUGAUAGUUUUACCCUUAAUACUAAUACUAUUAUCUUAUUUUCAUUUGUUAUUGUGGUAGCGAUUGUUUUAUCAGCAGGUUUAAUUAUCUUUGCUAGAGUUGCUCCUAAAUUUUUUAUAACUACAGGGUUAAUUCUUAAUAUCCUUUUAGGUUUAGGUACUUGUAUUUAUUAUUUUGUUGAACAUUAUUAUUCAGCCGCCAUUGUAUUUUUAAUAUUUACUUUAUUCACAGCAUGGUGUUAUUGGACAGCAAGAAGAAGAAUUCCUCUUAGUGCUACAAUCCUUACAAUUGCAAUUGAUGUAAUGAAAGCAUAUCCUUCAACAUUGGUUGUAUCUUUCCUUGGGGUUGUAAUAAGUGGAGCUUUUAGUGUUCUUUUCAGUGUUGUGCUUGUUGCAACUUAUGUUAAAUUUGAACCUAAUAAUAAUAAUGAAGCAUGUGCUGCUGGUGGAGGUGGAUGUUCUCAUGCUAAAGUUAUUGGUAUAUUGGUUUAUGUAAUGUUUGCUGGUUAUUACAUAUCAGAAGUAUUUAGAAACAUUAUUCAUGUAACAAUAUCUGGGGUUUAUGGAACAUGGUAUUACUUGGCAAAUUCAGACCAAGGAGCUCCUAGACUUCCAGCAUUAGGUGCAUUAAGAAGAGCUUUAACUUAUUGUUUUGGAUCAAUUAGUUUUGGAUCCUUGAUUGUUUCUUUAAUUCAAUUAGUGAGACUGAUUUUACAAAUCCUUAGACAAAGUGCCAUUGAUAAUGGUGAAGGUUGGGCUGCAUGUCUUAUCUUAAUUGUUGACUUUUUGGUUUCAUUCAUUGAAGGUUUGGUAAGAUACUUUAAUCAUUAUGCUUAUUGUUAUAUUGCUUUAUACGGAAAGAGUUAUUUAAGAUCUGCUAAAGAUACUUUUGAAUUACUUCGUUAUAAAGGUAUGGAUGUUUUAGUUAAUGACUGUUUUAUUAAUACUUCAUUGAAUAUGUAUGCAUUAUUCGUUGGAUAUCUUACAGCAUUACUUUCAUUCUUUUACUUAAGAUUUACAAGUCCAGCAUAUAAUGCCAAUGGAGGUUAUUAUGCACCAGUUAUCGCAUUUGCCUUUUUAAUUUCAGGACAAAUUACUCGAGUAAGUUUAACAGUUAUUGAAUCUGGUAUUUCAACUUUCUUUGUCGCAUUAGCUAAGGAUCCAGAAGUAUUCCAGAUGACUAAUAGAGAUAAAUUCGACGCUAUCUUUAGAGAUUAUCCACAAGUUUUACAAAAGAUUACUGCUAAUCAUUAGUAAAAUUAAUACACUCACUUUACUCUUUAAACUUUUUUCUUUCUUCUACUUAUUUAUAUAUAAUGUACUCUUAAUAAACAUGCCUU